AUGAAUCGUACAAGCACUAGUUUGCUUGAUCUACCCAAUGAGAUAUUACUUAUUAUUCUGAAUAAUUUGAACAAUAUGGAUGUUCUCUAUUCACUAAUAGGUAUUGGUAUUGAACGAGUUGACCUUCUAGCACAAGAUAAAAUUUUCACUAACACUCUCAAUUUUGUAUCAACUGAUACUGAUGGUAUCUGUUCAAUUAAUGAUUCAAUACUUGAUCGAUUUUAUAUCCAUAUAUUACCAAAAAUUCAUUACAAUGUUAAAUGUCUUGUUGAAUCAAUGACCAUGGAACGUAUUCUACUUUCUGGUGAUUAUCCAAAUCUUAAUCAUCUCAAAAUCUUCAAAUUCAAUCAAGAUAUUGUUUCACAUUAUUUUACAGUACAUAAUUCGAAUUCACUACCUAAUUUGAAAUGUUUCUCAUUGACAAUUGGUGUUUUAACUUAUGAAUAUGACACUCAAGUUAUACCUCUUCUUCGUCGCAUGUGUAAUAUCGAAGAAUUAACCUUGUAUCUUUGUAUUGAGGGUCGAGCUAGAUUUGUCGAUGGUACUCAACUUCAUAAUGAAAUUCUUAUUUAUAUGGCACGACUUCAUACAUUCAACUUUUAUAUCAGAACCACUGCUCAAAUCGAUCAUUCUGUUCCUUAUUUAUCAAAUGAAGAUAUUCAAAAAACGUUUACUAACGUAGGAUAUGAACAAGCGGAUUGCAUUCUACGCUAUUCCAACACUGCCCCCCUCACUGUGUGUCAUAUAUUCUCACUUCCAUUCGCAUUCGAUCGUCUCGAAAUGGUUAGCAAUAAAUUUCCCAAUGUUAUAUUCAAUAAUGUUACUUUCUUAUGGGUACAAGACUCAGUUCCAUUCAACCACGAAUUUUUCGUUCGGAUUGCUCAAUCUUUUCCAUUGUUGAAAUCUUUACGUAUUGUGAAUUUUGAACCACAGACAUCCAAAUCUGCUCAAUUGAAAUCUGAAAAUAAUCAAUCAUAUUCGGUCGUGGAAUAUCCUUAUAUUACAACACUUGAGAUUAUGUAUGUUCACACUGAUUAUAUUGAGCAGCUUUUGGAUGCAUCAAAGACACGUUUACCUCGUUUGACCGUAUUAAAAAUCAAAUAUUAUAAAUUGAAAACUGCGACAGAAAACUUUACAAGAGAUGCAAUGCGACUCAAUUGCAUGAAUGUGCAAAAGCUAUCUAUUAAAGAAGAAGAAGAAGAGGAAGAAGAAGAAGGGUCAAUAAUAUAUCCAAAAGAUUUUUACGUUUAUUUUCCUCUGUUGUAA